ACUCUCUCAUCCUCUCCGUUGGUCUCGCCGCAGCCACCGGAGCAGCGACGUCGACCGGAUCGACCCCGACGAGCGGCGGCGGAGAUGGCGCGGUUCGACCCGUGGCCGGUGUUCUUCCGGCGGGAGUGGGCCCGCACCUGGCCCUUCCUGGCGGGCUUCGCCGUCACCGGCGCCCUCGUCACCAAGCUCACCGCCGGGUUCACCGAGGAGGACCUCAGGGCCUCCAAGUUCGUCCAGGCGCACAGGCGCUGAGCCCCUCAGGUCAACCACCCGCCCCGUCCUUGUCGCUCAAACCCCGAUCCGGCAUCCGAUUAGGCCCUCGCGCUCAUUCCGAUCAGAUUCAGCGACGUUUCUUGGUCCGUUCCCCUCCUGCCGGGUGCGAGCGCCGUCGUUAGGCUAGGUCGGCGAGUCAUGCUACGAUUACUGAUUUACGUAGGCUAUGUCUUUGUAUGUGGUCAUGGCCAGGGUUUAUUUUCCUAAUUGGCCUAGUUGUUCUCUUUAGAUAAAUUACCAGUAACCCCUUGUUGCAGUGGCUCUAGUGUUGAGCUUUUCUUUCCAAUCCAAGUAUUUAGGAACAUUAAUCCCAUCAACGUGGUUGGCAGAUUUUUUUUAAUACGUUAUUAGUCGAAUGAACUCGCUGAGUGCAAGCCAAUAGUAUACCCCAACUUUCUAUUGUAAUUUUUGUAAUAAGAGGUUUCCUAAAGGCCUAAACAAAGAAAUUAAA